AGACAGAUUUGUAUGCUAAAAAGUACAAAUGCACUUGGGAAUGAGGUUUUAAUUCUAAUACUAUUUCAUCCCUUCCUGGUAGCAAAAUAUUACUUAUCUAUGCCUCAGUUUCCUUAGCUGUAAAAUAGGGAUAUGAGUAAUAAACUCAGAGAUAUUUGUGAGGAUUAAAUGAAAUACCAGGUCUGGAACAUUUAGCACAGUGUCUAGCACUUACUAUAUGCUCAGUAACUUGAAUUAUUUUCUUCCCUGCUCAGCAUACUUAUUCAAGCCUUUAGAAUAGCUAUUGGUGUUGCUGAUAGUGAAGUCAUCAAAGUUGAUGCAAUCAACUCUCCAUUUAUAUUAAAAUGAGUUACGUUGUAAUGAUAUUGUAUUCGUCAUAGUUUUACAUUUUUUGUACUUAAGAUCAUUCAACUAAAAUAUUUUAAAUAUAACCAUUAUUAUUAAUACUACAAUCCUUUGAGACAUGCUUUUCUCUACACUUAGGGAGCUCCUACAUUCUGGUCUACAAAUGGUUGUGCUUAUUUUAUUUUUGUUUUUAAACAAACAUUUGGACUAUGGGCAAAGAACUUUGCUGGGUGUUGUGGGGGAAGUAAGAAAAACAGAUGCUUAUGUAAUACAAGGUUAAAUAUAUUAAAAAAAGAGGAAAUACUAUACUGAACAGUUUCCUGAGUAUUUUCCUUCCAACUACCUAGGUUCUAGGUACCUAUUAUUUGUCAUUUAAAUCCCUCACUGCAUUAAAAUUUGUUUACCAUUAGUUUACUCAGGUCAUCUACCCUUAGUCCCAUUUAUCAUUGCCAGUGCAGAAGAGUGAAAUCUGCCCAUUUUCCAGGUGUAAUUCAUGGGAUGUGCUGUUUUCCGAUACCAGAUGCUUUGAGCGUAGCUACUUGCAAUGGACUGAUUUUUGGCUCAUGGGCCUUAAUAUUUUGCCACACUUGAAUUUGUUUUGAAAUAAGGUUUCUGAUUUUCAAAUAGAGCAUUUUCAAACAAACAGUGUGAUGUACAAAUUACCAUCACUUUAGUUCAUGUUAGAAAAAUACAUUCUAAAUCUGUUUGACAUUUACCCCUUCAGUAUUUUGCAUCAAUAAAUCAUUUCUGUAGCAUCUUAAAAUGUUCGUAAGUAAUUACAUAACAUCCCACAUCUCCAGGUCCUGUCCCAUUAGUUUGAGGAAAUAAAUAUAUUAUAGCAAUUAAGACACAAUUAUGUUGUCUCGAAAAGCUAAGGGUCAUUUGGACUUGAUUACCUAAGGAGUUGUCAGUGCCAAAGAAAAGUCAGGCAACUACAGGCUUGGGCCUGCAAUUAAACAUCUGGGGCUGAUGAUAUUUUGCUCAUCAGGGGUAGCACCUUUGGAAUAAAUUUCAACAUUGCACUUUAGACAAGGUACAAUAAAUACAAAACAAGCGUGGGGGCGGGGGACGGGGCACGAGUGGGGAAGUUGACUAGAGGUUGGAGGUGGAGAGAAAGACCAGUGUAAACUUCAGCAUUUAGCUGGUGUGAAAAACUAUUGUUCCAUCGGCCUGCCUUGACUCCAUAUAUGGUGUUCAAAUGCAAGUUGGGGAAGAGCCCCACUGCAAUUUUGGCCAAGAAAGCACACACGCCCCUCUGGGGGAGAGGACCCACUCACCUGGAAUGCAGGCGGGUGGUUUUAUGGCUUGUAAGGCUGCUCGGUCUGUGCGGGAUGGCCCACCCGCGCAACUGGCAGCGCUGCUCCUGCCCCACCGUCCUACACUUACAGAAGUAUUUGCCAGAACUUGCAUCCCCUCAUGACCAACGCUCAGAGCCCCCGGCUCGUCUUCCCACGGGUCCCUGGCUCGCCGUCCGGUGUGUUCGCGGUGGCUUCUCCGUCUCCCACCCCCUCAGGGGUCUCAGGUGGAGCCUGCGAAGUGGGCAAAGGGAUGCCCCCGUUGCAAAGGGAUGCCCCUGGCCGCGGGAGUCCGUGUCCCGGCCGCGCUCGCUCGGCCGCUCCGACCGGCGGCCCCGGGGAGGCCGUGCGGGAGGAGGAGGAGGGACAGCGGAGGAGGAGGAGGGAAUUGGCGGCCGCCGAGGCCCGGGCAGCGGGCCCCAACCGCGACCGGCGCGCUCCGCGGUCCUCCCUCGCUCGUCUCCUAUGCUCAUAUUUGGACUCCGCUGCCCGUGCCCAGGAAUUUCCCGUCAUGCCUCCCGCCGCCCCGGCCGUCGCCCGGAGCCGGAGGGAGGGAGGCUCGGACAGCGGCGGCGGCCCCGGCCUGUCCAUGAGCCCGCGGCGGACGCGCCCGCGCCCCCUCUCGCUCUGCCUCUGCCUCUGCCUGGCCGCGGCCGCCGCUCGGGGCGCCGCGCAGUCCGGGUCAUGUAGGGAUAAAAAGAACUGUAAGGUGGUCUUUUCCCAGCAGGAACUGAGGAAGCGGCUAACACCCCUGCAGUACCAUGUCACUCAGGAGAAAGGAACCGAAAGUGCCUUUGAAGGAGAAUAUACACAUCACAAAGAUCCUGGAAUAUAUAAGUGUGUUGUCUGUGGAACUCCAUUGUUCAAGUCAGAAACCAAAUUUGAUUCCAGUUCAGGUUGGCCUUCAUUCUACGAUGUGAUCAAUUCUGAGGCAAUCACAUUCACAGAUGACUUUUCCCACGGGAUGCACAGGGUGGAAACAAGCUGCUCUCAGUGCGGUGCUCACCUUGGGCACAUUUUUGACGACGGGCCUCGUCCAACCGGCAAAAGAUACUGCACAAAUUCAGCGUCCUUGUCUUUCACACCUGCAGAUAGCAGCUGCGCCGAGGGAGCCAGUGGGGUGGGCAGCCCGGCCCAGGGCGACAAAACGGAGCUGUAGAGUGACGGAGAGUGACAGAAACAAAGUGUACUUAAUGCACAGCUUAGUGAAAAAAAAAAAACAAAAAAAAACAACAAACAAAAAACAAUCAGAAUUGUUUAUCUUCAUAGAUAUAUUUUUCCAAAAACUAUAAGGGCAGUUUUGUGCUAUUGAUAUUUUUUCUUCUGUGUAAACAGAGGCCCUGCCCCUCCACGUAUUUUGCUAUUGACUAGAUCAAGGACUAUUUAUAGCUUUCGCAGUGGGUGAUAGCUUUGUGAAACUUCUUCACAAGCCACUUGCAUACCCCUUGGCAUUCUUUUCUUUGAGCACACAGCUUCUUUUGCAGUAUUUUUCUCCCCUUGAUUAAGAGGCAGAGGGUGCGUGGUCUUCAGACGUGAAAAGAGAUCUCCGAAGUAAUGUAGUGACCAGAGCUGGGAAGUGCAGGGCGUGGGGACCUGGGAGACACGUGGCCUUCAGGCCUUUGGACAGAUCCACCUACGAUAAGGAUGGAGAGAUGUCUCACGAGACUUCGCAGCUUUGUGGAAAGUUUGAGCUAAGGUCGUUUCUUUUCCUCACUAAAAGGGUGUGAAGGUCUAAAGUCUUUCCUUAUGUUAAAUUGUUGCCAGAUCUGAGGGGGAACACUGAGUGUUGUGGCAGAGAAGUAAACAUUACCUCACCUUUAGUCCUUUAUUUUAUUUUCCAUUGAAAACAUUGGAAUGUAAGACAACUGUAAAAUGUUGAGCCCCAUUUUGUCCGAAGUUCACAAAGAGGAACACCUGCCCGUUGCCUUUUUAUAAGUCCUUCUCUCCACACCUAAUACCAGCUGCAGCUGGAAGGGCCUUUGGUCAGUUCCACUGUGUAAAAUAAAAUACUGGGGACAACGCACUUCAUCAAGGCGGCAGAAAUGAGAGAGAGCAGAGAAGACCAAGGAUGGAGUCUUGGGUACUGAAAAAUCCGAUGCUGGGCAGAAAAGCCAACAGGAUGCUGUACAGAACAAACAGAGCUGACCUCCGGAAAGAUGUUCGGGAUUAAAGUAGAAAUAGCCAGAAGCUCAAGUUCCACACUUGCCACUAAUCUGCUGUGUGACAAGGGACAAGCCAUUUAGCCUCUCUGUGCCUAUUUCUUCCUGUAUAAACUGGGACUGAUAAUAUUUGUAAAAUGUAUUGACACUCUCAGGGCAAAAUUACUGUAUUGCUAUACCCAUUAAGAUCAGUGUUGCAAAAUUAAGCUGAUCUGGUUCUAAUUGCCUCAAAGGCUGAAGCCCGGGCAUUUGAAAUGGAAAGCAGCAGAGAGAAGGCUGACUUAGCUGACUGAUAUGGAAACAGUUGGGCCGAGAGCCAGAAAUUUUUUGUAGCAAUAUGGCUAGUUUUACUUUGAGAAGCUCUGCUCGGUUGUUUCAUCAGCAUUUAUCAUGGUGCAGUGGGUGCCACUGUGCACAGCAAGGUUUUCACAGGCAUGAGCAAUGGUGAUAUAAGGUGAUGCGGUUGUAGGUAGCCAGGUGUGAAGGUAUGGCGUGUGACUAAUGCAUAUCGUGUCUGUAACUAAGAAUGCUAAUCCUGAAAUACAGCUUAAAAAAAUACUACUUUUUGUAAAUCUUUGAAAGCUUAUGAAGACUGAUAUCUUUCCUUGUAAAAACCAAGACAAAAAUAAGAAAGAGGGACACUUGAUAAUUUUAAAGAAAUGAGAAAUUAGAAUGAAAAGUUGUAACGAAUCAAAAUGUCAGUGUGGCCGUGUCCACAUUCUUCUGUGUCUCCACAAGCAUGUCUGGUGAAGCCUUGACAUCCCGGGGACUCUUCAUUGUCACGUAUGCUGCCACUUUGUAAUUCCAGAGGAGUCACGCUCCUGUCUGUCUGAGCGUCCACAUGCUCCCUCAGCUCUGAGAUGUUUCACCCAGGCCCUGGGGUCACCCUGGAAUCCACAGGCAUCACUGCUCUCCAGAAAUGAGGUGUAUAAUUUAAGACCAGGCAGGCCAUCAGCAUCCAGAUCAUCCCAGAAGUCUUUCUCGCCCUCACAGAGGGAGCCCCCAUAUUUCCCAGCAACCCAAGGAUCCCACAUUGGGGUGGCUAAAGAAGUGGGUCUCCCAGAGCAUCGUCACACCCUGCAGUCCAUCCUUCAGAGGCACACGACUGCCCCAGCUAUAUGCAGUAGCCUCCCCUGGGGUCCGUUGGGUACGAGCCACAGUGUUAGGGUAGGCAAGGAAGAUAAAUGAGAGACAUCUUCCUUCUCCCCAGAGACUGGAUGGUCAUUGUUCCUUCGUUUUGUUGUAGGACUGAACACUCCGCUUAAAAGGCCUGUGUACAGACCUUUUUCUAAUCCUCAGUCUUUGUUUCAAGGAAAGCCAGUUUUUCUUCUACCACGUUUUCCACCAUCAACUUUAAGAAAAAUGCAACAUCCAUUGAAAAAAAAAAAAGCGGGGUGCGCGCAUGUGGUUUAAUUCCAGAUUGCCUUUGGGUUUAAGUGGUAUCAAAUUUCAGUAUAUUUCUGUCUUAUGUUAAAGAAAUAUAUUACUAAAAUGUCAGUGAGCAAUAAUGUCAGCUGUCGAGCACUAGAUUUAUUUUUGCAGGAUAUGGAGUGCAAUGAACUGAGUCAAUAUGGUGAGGUGUAUGUGAUCUGUGGAAGUUAUGCCAUUUAACAUAGGAAGUGCAAGGGACUUUCCCUCUCUGCACUCCAGCUCUCACCGUACCAUUGGAAGAUGCAGAAUUCUGCCGGGCGCAAAAACUAUAGCAGGAUGGAUACUUCAUGCAGAACGGAUCUGAAGAAAGCAGCAAUAUCUCUGUCACAUUAGAGAACAUUUCUAUGUGUUUAAACUCUUCACUUCUUAAAUGCAUUUAAAUUCUUAACGCAGAUGACGUAGCAAUUUGAAAACCUCUCCAUGUUAAUUGUGUUUAAAAUGUCUUGCUUUAAACAUGAAAAUGAUGAACCUUUUGUUCUGAAGGUCAAAUAUUAUUUUUGCCUUAGAUAGCUUUGUAAUAAUAUUUCUCCAGACAGUUGAAAACUUUUGAAAAAAAUGACAUGAAAUUUUCAUUAAAAGCCCAUUUCCUAUGUUUAUUAUAUACAGAAAUUAUACAAUAAAAUUGCUUUAUAAAAAU